AUGGCAACAACUCAGAAGCACGUGAACCUAAUUGACAGCACUUGCAUAAUAAUUAUGAAUAAUAAUUAUUGCAUUCAUGUGCAGCACUUGCAAACAUUCUUCGAACCUCACGUGCACUUGAAAAAUAUUCCACUUGCAUACGGACAGCCGAUGUUACGUGGCGUGGAAACUGAUGGGGCGCAUGGUGCAGUGAAUCUGAUGAUAACAAAAACAGUCUUCACAAUAUUCAUGAAAACAUCAGACCAAGUAAAUUGCGAUCAUGUAUUGGUAACAACUACUCUAAGACUGGACACAAUCUUUGCCAUGUGGUUGUUGGGGCUGGUGUUGUGUGACAUCAUCUGCACCUCUGAGACGCUCACUCUCACCUGCCAGGUCGAUCGUCAGGUCAUCAUCGUCCGCAGGGCUCUCUACGGCAGGAUGGAGCCUGGAAAGUGCAUCACCUCUGAGUAUGCACACGCCAUGGGAUGCUACGCUGACGUGACGACACACGUGCAAGAUCUCUGCAGUGGUCAGAGCCACUGCAGUCUCAUGGUCGCCUCCAUCGACGCCAUCGCUCAACCGUGUGGCAAGGACUUCAAGUCCUACCUUGAUAUCGAACACGAGUGCGUCAGAGCGACAUGUGGUCGGCAGCGAGUCGGUGUGUGUAACAGUCGUGCCUGGAGGUCUUGCGCUCUUACUAAAAGAAGUUGCGCACUGACCCUGUUCGAAUGCGUGUUACGUCAAACUUUAGAGAGGCCCCCAUAUGUCAUUGGAGAGUUGGUGAGGCUGGCAAGUGCGUGCAAUGAGAUGGAGUGGAGUGCGUCUGUAGCGUGUCGUGGAAGUGCAAGUUAUUUCAAGAACCACAUCGUCCACCUCUCCAUAUUUUCAGGACUAUGCAAAUCGAACGUAAUGCAGGCAGGAUGUUUUAUGCCGACACGGCAAGUGCAAAACGGUAACGUAUUCAAUGAGGUUAUGAAGUGUUCCUAUCGACAUAAAUGGCAUAAGUCUAUCUAA